ACGAGAAUUGGGAAAGGAGGGAUGAAGCACGGGCGGGUUGCGGGAGGAGGGGGAGUUGUGCACCGGCGAGCAAAUCGUAUAUGUCAGACUCGUGGCAGAGGGGUCAGCGCGAGAGAAAGAACGACACGAACCGAACGUUUUCUGGGCUUAGCGGGAACGUGAGACACGCACACGAGCGAGAGGAUGAACGACAUGGAAGCCUACGGGGACGGAUACAUGGCACCGGAGGAGGAAUGGGAGAGGGAGGGUCUCUUGGACCCCGCCUGGGAGAAACAGCAGAAAAAGACAUUCACAGCGUGGUGCAACUCGCAUCUUCGCAAAGCAGGCACUGCCAUCGAAUCGAUCGAGGACGAUUUCAGGAAUGGGCUGAAAUUAAUGUUGCUGCUUGAGGUGAUCUCGGGCGAAACCCUCCCGAGACCCGACAGGGGCAAGAUGAGGUUCCACAAGAUCGCCAAUGUGAACAAAGCCCUGGAUUAUAUCGCCAGUAAGGGCGUCAAGCUGGUCUCCAUUGGCGCAGAAGAAAUCGUGGACGGCAAUCUAAAGAUGACCUUAGGAAUGAUAUGGACUAUCAUUCUGAGAUUCGCGAUCCAAGACAUUUCCGUGGAAGAGAUGACCGCGAAGGAGGGACUGUUGCUCUGGUGCCAACGCAAAACGGCGCCGUACAAGAACGUCAACGUCCAAAACUUCCACUUGUCCUUCAAGGACGGUCUCGCAUUCUGCGCCCUCAUCCACCGUCAUCGGCCCGAUCUGAUCGACUACAAUAAACUCAGCAAGGAUAAUCCGCUGGAGAACUUGAACACUGCCUUCGAUGUCGCUGAAAAGUAUCUCGACAUUCCUCGCAUGUUAGAUCCCGAUGAUUUGAUCAACACUCCCAAGCCGGAUGAGCGAGCUAUCAUGACGUACGUGUCCUGCUACUACCACGCGUUCCAAGGUGCUCAGCAGGUCAAUAUGCGAAAUACGGCAAUGCCUGAUGAGAGGGCCGUGAUGACCUAUGUUUCUUCAUACUACCACUGUUUUAGCGGUGCUCAAAAGGCUGAGACGGCGGCUAACAGAAUCUGCAAGGUAUUGAAGGUGAAUCAGGAGAACGAGCGGCUCAUGGAAGAGUAUGAGCGCCUGGCUUCCGAUUUACUCGAAUGGAUACGACGAACAAUGCCGUGGCUCGCGAAUCGACAGACUGACAAUUCCCUCGCCGGCUGUCAGAAAAAGCUAGAGGAAUACAGGACGUACCGGCGCAAGCAUAAGCCGCCGCGUGUCGAACAGAAAGCCAAGCUGGAAACGAAUUUCAAUACUCUGCAAACGAAACUGAGGCUGAGCAACAGGCCGGCGUAUAUGCCCACGGAAGGGAAAAUGGUGUCCGACAUAAAUAAAGCGUGGAAAGGCUUGGAGUUGGCCGAGAAGACGUUCGAGGACUGGCUGUUGUCGGAGAUGAUGCGUCUCGAGCGACUGGAACAUCUGGCGCAGAAAUUCAAGCACAAGGCGGAUGCCCACGAGGAAUGGACCGCGGGCAAGGAGGAGAUGCUCACGUCGCAACACUUCCGGCAGUGCAAGCUGAACGAGCUGAAGGCGCUGAAGAAGAAGCACGAGGCCUUCGAGUCGGAUCUUGCGGCCCAUCAAGAUCGCGUGGAGCAGAUCGCGGCUAUCGCUCAAGAGCUCAACACUCUCGAGUAUCACGACAGCGCAUCCGUGAACGCCAGGUGCCAAAGCAUUUGCGAUCAAUGGGAUCGCUUGGGUACACUCACCCAACGCAGACGUCAAGCUCUCAACGACGCUGAGCGUAUAUUAGAGAAGAUAGACGUUAUGCACUUGGAGUUUGCCAAGCGCGCCGCUCCGUUCAACAAUUGGUUGGACGGUACCAGGGAAGACUUAGUGGACAUGUUCAUCGUGCACACGAUGGAGGAGAUUCAGGGCCUGAUGGACGCCCAUGCCGCGUUCAAAGCAACCCUCGGUGAAGCGGACAAGGAGUUCAGCGCGAUCGUGUCGCUGGUGCGCGAAGUAGAGUCUAUAGUCAAGCAAUAUCAGAUCCCUGGCGGCCUAGAAAAUCCUUACACCACUCUCACUGCAAUGGAUCUUAAUAAGAAAUGGAGCGACGUUAAGCAAUUGGUACCUCAACGUGACGGUACCUUGGCAGCUGAACUUCGCAAGCAACAAAAUAAUGAACUGCUUAGACGACAGUUCGCCGAGAAAGCCAACGUCGUCGGACCAUGGAUAGAGCGUCAAUUGGACGCGGUCACUGCUAUUGGUCUCGGACUUCAGGGAACUUUGGAAGAUCAGUUGCAUCGUUUGAAGGAAUACGAACAGGCGGUGUAUCAAUACAAGACUCAUCUCGAAGAACUGGAGAAGAUCCAUCAAGCCGUCCAGGAAGGCAUGAUCUUCGAGAACCGGUAUACUCAGUACACCAUGGAAACACUGCGCGUCGGUUGGGAACAGCUACUGACCUCGAUCAAUCGCAACAUUAACGAAGUCGAGAACCAAAUUCUCACUAGAGACUCUAAGGGCAUUACCCAGGAGCAGCUAAGCGAGUUCCGUAGCAGCUUCAAUCACUUCGACAAGAACAGGACGGGCAGAUUGGCGCCGGACGAGUUCAAGUCUUGCCUCGUCUCCCUAGGAUACUCCAUCGGAAAAGACAGGCAGGGCGACAUCGACUUCCAACGAAUCCUGGCCAUUGUCGAUCCCAACAACUCGGGCUAUGUGCACUUUGACGCCUUCCUGGACUUCAUGACGCGCGAGUCUACCGACACUGACACCGCAGAACAAGUGAUUGACAGCUUCCGCAUCCUCGCUGGCGAUAAGCCUUACAUCCUGCCGGACGAAUUGAGGAGAGAACUGCCGCCGGACCAGGCGGAGUAUUGCAUUCAGCGAAUGCCUCCGUUUAAGGGACCGAACGCUGUUCCCGGAGCUCUGGAUUACCGUUCCUUCUCGACCGCUCUCUACGGCGAGUCCGAUUUGUAAAAAUCGAGCGUAAAUCGAAAAAAAAAAAUCGACAAAGAAUAGGAUCAGGUUCAACGUUCCGCCAGUCGACCGGCGUAGACGAGCGAUGCCUAAAAGUUUCUUCUAGGGUUCAGGUACUCCAACGCAUCAACGUAUUUUCAUAUGGCGAUACGGUUUAAGAAAACGCGCUCACUAUGAGAGAGUACAAUACGAGAUAUCAGUCAUUACGCUAAUACUAAUAAUUGUACGUGCGCGUACAUCGCGUGUCGUAACGCGAGCGCUCUUGUGAGAGAGUUAAUCGAGAAAAAGGCGGGGAGGGGGGAGGGGGAGGAUUGAGGUUCUAAGAGCCGCACGUGUCACGAACGAAACGUCGGUGGGCUUAGUAAGAAUACGCGAUGUCAUUUUAACGCAAAGGGAUCUAGGAUGUCGUACGUCUGAGGAACUUGUAGAUGUCGACCGUAAGUAAAGAAAAUACUCUUCCGCACAAAUGGAAAGCACAUAUCAGAUACGUACAGAGGGUAGAAGGGAGGGAGAGGGGGAAGGACGGUUCGUACUUACGCGAGUAUGUUGCGAAGCGACAAUAACAAAAUAUCGUAUGCGGAUGCCUUUCGUUAAAAGGAUAGAAACGAAGCGUAAACUGAUAACACGAAGUUCGAAAUUGAUAUACUCUUCUAGAACGUUUGCUACGUGUUUAUUCUUCUAUACGUAUAUUUUUAUGUAGUCUACCUUACGAGACGAGACAGUUUUCGGAUUUUGAUUCUUCUCUUGGGACUGUUCGGAAGGUAAGUGCCAACGUUAAAUUAAGAGGAUCUUGAACGACGUCCCUUUCCGCGAACGGAAAGGGAUCUCGAGCCCGGCUCGGAACCGGCAAACUAAGUGCCAGAAGGAGGAAGAGCUCACAAAAUAAUUGGGUGUGCGCUGUUAGUGAGUGCAUUGAUAUACCGGAGGCUUGCCGAAUUAUUGUGCCGUUUCCUCUCUCGCUAUAUAUAUAUUAUAUAUAUAUAUAUAUAUUUAUUCUAAAGACCUAUAUUCUCUACAUUUUGUACGGUUAUAGCGGAAGAUAUAUAUAUAGAUAUAUUUUUUGACUUGUGAUUUUUACCAUUGACGUGAUAUGAAUUUUAGAGAUGUCCUCCUCAAAUUGGAUUUUUCCGAUACGAUUUGUAAUCUUGAACGUGUAAACUCUAAGUUCAUCUCUUAAGCGCAUCCUUCGGAAGAAAAAGAAAAAAAAGAAAAGAAAGAGUCCACGAAAGCGUUUGUACUCGGUUCUCGCUCAAGAUCAAUGCUCGCACGAACGUCCGAAAACGCCAGCACGAAAAUUCAGAAGAGUAAUAAUAACGAACUUUACGAGUCUUAAACGAAAAGAAGAAAAAAAGUCGACCUUCUCGCUAAGUGUCCAGAAAACGUACGCUCGAAAUCGAAUAAUGUUCAUAUUUUUUUAUGAGCGCGGCAACUACGAAAUCCACUGAACGACAAGCCGUCGCCUCUUAUAUACUUUGUAAAUCGUAUAUAUUAAAGAUACGCGAAACGAAUGCUAAACGAA